AUGUCAGCUGAAGCGGAUCGUCGGCCGGGGAAGAGACCUGCGCCAAGGGGCACAGCGUUUUAUCCCCGCAAACGAGCUAAUACAGCUUGUCAAGUCUGCAGAGCUAGGAAGACAAAGUGCGAUAACCAGAAGCCGGCUUGUUCUUACUGCGUCAGUGUGGGAGCGACGUGCAUUCAGUCUCCGGUUGAUCUAUCGGCGUUUGACCCUGCGAGUCUCAAGAUUUUGGAGAGGCUGGAUGAAUUGGAGAAGUUGAUUCGCGAGCCAAAGCCUGACACUACCAAUCAAGAUGUUGCCCAGCAUGAGACAGAGCUGCUGCCCGAAGAGUCACCUUCGCAGUUAUCCCCAGAGAGUAUAGGCGACAUCCCCCUACGAAGCAUCCUCCCCGAGAAGAUGGAAAGCCUCCUCCUCUG